AUGAAAACUUUUGACUCGAAAGAGGAUUCGUUUUCCAAUAUUACGUUUAACUCUUCUCAAAUAAAUGUUAAAAAUAAAAGAAGCUAGUCAAAUUUGAGCAAAUUAUAAAAUAUUUCUCAUAAUAAAAUAGAUUAAUAAAAUCAAAAUAUUGAUUUAGAGCUAAACCAUGUAAAUAAUUUAGAUAUUUGGAAAAUAAAUACACAAAAAAAGCUAAGAGAAAACAAUUAUAUAGAGAGAAAAAAAUUAGUUUAUCCAUCAACUUUGAUAGAAAAAACAGAUCCGUUGAUAAAAAUAGACAUUAUCAACAAUAUUAUGUAAAAUGAUGGCAAUAGGAGCUAAAUAUUCAAUACCAGUGCUAUAAAUUUCAAAGUAGAAGAUAAGAGUACUACAAGUCAAUCAAAAAUUUAAUCUAUGUAAUCACUUGGUGGAUCUUCUCCGAAUGUUAGUAGGAGGAGCAGUCUGCUUAACAGAUCAAACCAAAUGUUAUUCUCCUAAGCUCAGUCUAUAUAAAACUACUAGUUUUUUAAAAAUGAUAAAAACAAAGUGGUUAUUGGUUAAAUAGUGCUUAAUAAAUUUUAAAAAAUCUAUAAUUAAGAAAAGUAGCUUGACUAAAAUAGAUUGAUCUAAGAAUAGCCUAGAAUUGAUAAUACUUUAAAGAAUUUUAAAAAUCUUUAAAUGACAAUUACAAGCAGUGCUUUGAACAUAAAUGAUAUUAAAAAGAAAGUUAUAUCUGUUGAAAAAGAGCCCAAAAAAAUAUUUGAUUUCUCAGAAGAGAUGAAAAGAAUUGAAACUGAAAAAUUAGAUUAUGUUAAUUGUGAGAGAAAGAUUUUAUAAAAAAUGUAUCAGCUGUAGUAUAAUACAAAAGUUAUCAAAAAAUCAAAGAAAUAAGUAAGGGAUUAUAUAUAUGAUCUACAGCACAAGUUAUCAAUUUUCAAUGUUAAGAUAAUUCUUUCUAAAUACGAAAGGCUUGAGAGAAACCUAGUCGUUGGAUAUUUUUAGGAAAGAAAAAAAGGCGAUGCAAGCAAAUUUAAUUUACAUCAAAUAAAAGAUAAGCUAAAAUUUGAUGAUGUUUUCAUUGGUUAUGUGGAGAAAUUAAAAGAUAUGAAACAAAAGGAAGUGGAUGAGUACAAUGACACAAUUUAAUAGCUUUAAAAUAUUUUGUUAGUCCUCUAAUAAUAAUACGAGUAUUUAAAAAACAAAUCAUAAGAAAUUAAAGAAAAUUAUGUGAAAUGCAAAACUUAAUUGAGAGAUAUGUUUAUUGAUUUAUGCACAGUUCACCUUAAAACUUUUUUAACAACUUAGAACUUGAGCUAUAUUGUGAGAGGAUUUAUAACAAUAGAUGAGCCAGUACCUACUUAGAAAUUCCCUAAAUGUUUAGAUGAUAUAUCUAUAGAUUAUAUUAUUGAGACUGGGAAGAUAUUAUUUGAAAUUUAAUAGAUAGAAGAAAAAAAACCCUCAAUUUUUACUAAGUAUAAUCAAGAAAGUGAAAAUGUCAAUUAAGUUUUAAGAGAAUUAGCAGAAUAGAUAUGCAGUAUACCCCUGCUCAAUGAAAAGAUAGUAUCCAUGCAACAAAUACCUCUAUUCUAAGGCGAAUCAGAAAGUAACUUAAAUGGAAAAAUAUCGUUUCAGAUACCUGACAUUGAUGAAGAAAUAUCAAAUGAAGGAUUAGGUGGAAAUUUAAGUGAAAUUAGCUCAAACAAGCAAAGUAUUACUUACAAUCAUUAUUAUUAGAUUAGAAAACCAACUCUUUUACAAAAAACUUUCAUGUCUUAAUCUAAUAAUAUGCUUGGAACUGAUAAACUUUUCUUUCAAGAAGAAAUCUUAGACAAAAAAUAAGACUUUUUUGCAAUAGAUAAGAAAAUUAAAGAAUUUAAAUCUCAGUUAACAGUUCUUAAAAGAUAAGAAAUAAAUCGCUUAAUAGAACUGAUUAACACAAAAUAAAUAAAAGAAGAGGUUUUUUAAGACAUAAUAAAAAUACUAUUUGGGCAAAAUGAUAACGAUCGAGUUUUGAAAGAAUUCCUUGCAAAAAAGCAAAGAAACGAAUAUAUCUAGCAAGAAAAAUAGAUGUAAAAUCCAUUUUACUAAAUGUAAUAAAAGUAGCUACGUAAUAAAUAAAAAUCAUAAGAACGAAUUUAGGAUAUUCAACCUCAAUUAAGCAAAAUAUAAAAUUAAAAUACGGCUAAUAAAUUUGAUUCUAAUUACUUCCAUAGGUCAUAAUCUAUUCCUAAUCUAAAAGAAUCAGUUACUAUCACUAAUUCUUACAAAUAAAAAAUGGAAAACACUUUAAUACACCAUAAUAAAGUUAAGUUUAAUAUUUCAACAUAUAACUUCUUAGAUUAGAUAAACAGAUGA